AUGGAUUGGGGUGCACUCUCCAAAGCGAUGCGAAAUGAUCGCGGCAAGGAUAAAGAUAAGUCAUCGACAGAUUAUGGCUUACACACUCUGGUCCCCAAGGACAGCAAGUCGCCCGAACUCAUCGACGUUGUUGCCAUCCAUGGCCUGAACGGGCACUUCUUGAAGACUUGGACUGAUCCGAAUACGGGCGUCAAUUGGCUAAAAGAUCUUGUUCCCAAGUUUCUCCCGUCAGCCCGUGUCAUGUCAUUCUGGUACAAUUCUCAGGUCCAAUUCAGCAAAUCUACCGCGGACAUUCAUGCCUUUUCGCAGCAACUUUUGGAGAGUCUCAUGGCCGAGAGAGAAUCCAUAGAGGAACAAGACCGACCGCUCAUCUUCAUCUGCCAUUCACUCGGCGGUCUCGUCUUCAAGCAGGCUGCAAUCAAAGCCCACGAGAAUGAGAGGUACCGUGAUGCUCUGUCGUUCCGCUUUCACGGUGUCAUGUUCUUUGGCACUCCACAUCGCGGCUCGAAUUUAGCAACGUGGGCGUCCGUCACUGCGAAUGCCCUUCGCGCUGUCUCUUUCAGCACGAGUACCAAUGCCCGCCUGGCAAAAGACCUGGAACCGACUUCGAGGUUGCUGCAGCACAUCUCCACCUCGUUUGUCGACUCAUGUGGUGCCAAGUUGAAAACAGCAUCGUUUUACGAGACCCGGAAAAUGGACUUUCUGAACUGUCUUGUCGUCGAGCCCGAAUCGGCCAUUUUGAACAUCAUCGGUGAGACCAGAAUUGCUCUGGAGCGCGAUCACCGGACGAUAUGCCACUUUGCCGACCUUGAUGCCGCACAAUUCGCCCCGGUCAAGUCAACACUGAGAUCUAUGGCUGACUCGGCCACCGCCAGUAAGACGCUAUCUAAAUACGAGAUUGAGUCAUUCCUGCAAACUAUCAACGUUUCUGACUACGCCGGCCACAAAAGUCGGAAUGCGCCACCCGUUCAGGGUACAUGUACCUGGAUUUUCGACCAUCCUAAAUACCUGUCCUGGAUUGAGAGCCCAGACCCGGGGCUCCUUUGGGUCUCUGCCGACCCUGGCUGUGGAAAAUCAGUGUUAGCUUCGUUCCUUGUCAACCAGCUGCAGGCAUCUGCAGAUCUCGCGAACAUCAAUGUCUGCUACUUCUUUUUCAAAUCCGAUAGUUUGGAGCAGUUGAGUGCGGUUACAGGAAUCAAAACUCUCUUGUACCAGCUCUGCAAGCAACAAAACGAACUCGCAGCUUCGGCCAUGUCGACACUCUACAAUGGCGGAUUGGAAGACGUAGACAGCCUUUGGCAAGCUAUCGUAUACGCUACCCGCCAGAAAGCUGCCAAAAAUACCAUCUGCAUUCUUGACGGCCUGGACGAGUGUGAGAUUGAAUUACGAGGUCGACUAAUGCGGCAGGUCACGGCGUCCUUUUCGAAAGUCGAGUCGGCUGAGGCAACAUCAGGCGAGAAAGCAGAGGCCGAUCCUGGCGAUAUAAACAAACGACGAUCAAAGCCGGGACGACCCAAGCUCAAAGUAUUCGUGACCAGCCGUCCUGAGAAUCAGCUCAAGAUAGCAUUUCAGAGCAAUGCCAACAGGUUCAAAGCGGACGGCGGAGAGUCCGACGGUAAUUGCGCUUUGAUUCGCUUACGCGGCGAAGACGAGACGGAUGCUAUCAGUGCCGACAUCAAUAGAGUUAUCAGAUCCAAGGUUGACGAGCUCAUCCACCAGGGGCUCCCCUUUCAGCUAUUACAAACUGUUCAGGCAGAGCUCGUUGAGCGCGCCGACCGAACAUUCCUUUGGGUGUCCUUGAUUCUUGACUUGUUGGAGCAAAAGGUGGAAGCCGGUGCAUCACAGCGAGAGCUUGAUGAGCUUCUGCGAAACAAAGAUAUCUUUCGCAUAUAUCGUGAGCUUCUUCAGCUUCGUUCGGAAUCACCUCGAGCAAGAAAGAUGCUGCAAAUCAUCCUCGGAGCGACCCGCCCUCUCACGGUUGACGAACUGAGUAUUGCAUUGGCUGUCGAGCCUGAGCCUGAUAAGCCGCGCAGGGGAAGCAGAACCCUGGACGAUGUUGAGUAUGAGCUUGCGUAUCCCUUUGAAAACCACAUCAAGUCGCUUUGUGGGCACUUUAUUCGAAUAAUCCGUGAGAGGAUCUAUCUCGUGCACGAGACGGCCCGAGAGUUUCUGCUCACAAUGGAGAGUGAUACAGGCUCUGCGGCAUCAUCUCGAAGGCCGUCUGUUUCAGGUACAGACACACCGCCACCGCUGUCCAGCAUUAUGCCAUCUGAAAGCUCGCCGGUUCAAUUGGCAUUUCAGCACUCAUUCUCCCUGGCCGAUGCCCACAGGCUUCUCCUCGGCAUCUGCACCACAUACAUCUACUGCUUAGGGCGGCCGAGCCGAUGCGCAACAACAGGGUCAGCUAGCAAGAAGACCGAGGUCUUCCUAGACUAUGCGGCAAAAUAUUGGACGGUCCAUUUUCACCAGACAAUGCAGAGCCGCCGCGUGGCCUCUCCUAAUAUGGAGUACCACCAGAAUCUCUGCCAUCCAUUGUUCCCGGGGUUCAAGACCUGGGUCGGGGCAUUUUGGUUCCCAAAUCUAGCGCCAGUCGUGCCGGAUAGCGAGGAGGGACAGGACUACUACAUUGAGCUCUUCCAGUUGUAUCACCCAGGCGAAGAACGCGACCACUUGCACAGCCAGAGUGAUUUUCUUGGGGGCCAGCUAGACGAAAGCGACGACAGUGAUGUUGAGGGAGCACUUGACAUGUUUGGCGCGGACGAGAAAGAAGUGCCAUCGAAGCUCCUGCAUACGGAUGUGGUUCCGGUUCAGAAGCACAACGACCACAGGAAUCGUUCGGCAGAUCGACAUCGCACAGCCAGGCUACUGGACGCUGCGAUUUCGAAUCCCACUUCGCUCAGAACCAACUUAUUCCCUCUCGAGGUCGACAAGAGUGGUCAUGUUUCACUGGCUUUCCAGGAUUGGCUGCACAACGGGCCUAAAAGUUCGCGAAGAGGUUAA